AUGGACUGGCAAGCUAUUGCAGCACAGAAAAAGAGUCAGCUUGAGGCGUCCAUCCCUCAAGAAUGGCGCAUCAAGACUCUCCCUACUGACGACUCGGUCAUGUCAUUCCCUGGGAGCAGUGAUAUCCUAACCCCAGAAGAGCUCAGCAUCACAGAAUCGUCCGCCACUGAACUAGUUCAGGAUCUCGCUUCUGGAAAGCUGUCCUCAGUUGCUGUCACCACUGCUUUCUGUAAGAGAGCUGCUUUGGCUCAUCAGUUGACAAAAUGCUGCCAUGAGUUCUUCCCCGAGAUGGGUCUGGCUAGAGCAAAGUAUCUGGAUGACUACCUGGCUGAACACAAAAAGCCUAUUGGGCCGCUGCAUGGAUUGCCUAUUUCAGUGAAGGAUCAAGUUCGCAUUAAGGGAAUUGAAACAACCAUGGGCUAUGUAUCAUGGAUUGGUAAGAAGGACACUGAGGACUCUGUGCUCACCACCAUGCUUCUCGGCGCUGGCGCGGUUCUCUACGUCAAAACAUCCGUGCCUCAAAGCUUGAUGGUGUGUGAGACAAUUAACAACAUAUUUGGUCGUACCACGAACCCGCGGGGCAAGAACUGGUCUUGUGGAGGAAGCUCAGGUGGCGAAGGUGCUAUUGUCGGGUUUCGGGGCAGUGUAAUUGGUGUCGGUACUGACAUUGGCGGUUCCAUUCGUGUUCCAGCCGCCUUCAACUUCCUCUAUGGCCUUCGACCUAGUCAUGGAAGGCUUCCAUACGCUAAGAUGGCCAAUAGUAUGGAAGGCCAAGAGACAAUUCACAGCGUUUGCGGUCCGCUCUGUCACUCUAUCCCAGACAUGCGACUGUUCGUCACAUCAGUCCUUGGCCAAAAGCCAUGGGCAUAUGAUUCCAAAGUCAUCCCAAUGCCGUGGAGAUAUGACGAGGAGAAUGCCAUCAAGGAAAAGAUCUCCUCUCGUGGUUUGACUCUGGGCUACUACUCCUGUGAUGGAAAUGUUCUGCCUCAUCCCCCGAUCCUCCGGGCUAUCCAGAAGGUCGUUGACAAACUCGGUGAGGCUGGACAUACAGUUGUCCCUUGGGAGCCUUACCGACAUCCGUAUGCUGUUGAUUUGGCUAACCGUGUCUACGCCUCUGACGGAGGGACUGACAUCUAUUCCGUUCUUAAUGCGUCUGGGGAGCCUGCAAUUCCUAAUAUUGCGGAACUUGUCAAGCCAAACCUGCCGAAACUGGAUCUCAACGAGCUCUGGGAUGUCCAGCUGCAGAAGUGGAAUUACCAAUCCGAAUACCUAGCCAAGAUCCGAGAAGUUGAGGAGAAACUUGGCAAGGAGCUUGAUGCUAUCAUUGCUCCUAUUACUGCUACAGCGGCUAUCCGACAUAACCAGUUCAAGUACUAUGGAUAUUCUACAGUUGUGAAUAUGCUCGACUUUACCAGCGUUGUAGUGCCUGUCACCUUUGUCGAUGAGAACAUCGAUAAGCCGAAUAAUCAGUUCAAACCACUUACUGAAAUUGAUCGAAUAGUGCAGGCAGAAUAUGAUCCAGGUACAUAUCACGGUGCACCAGUAGCAGUUCAGAUUAUCGGGCGACGGCUGACUGAGGAGAGGAUCAUGUGUAUCGCCGAAGAAAUUGGACGUUUACUUGGGAAUGAGGUUUCAUGA